AUGCCGCUCAGGAACCUCGAUGUUGAGGUGCCAGUGGUGCCCAUCAACCCGCCCACAGUUGGUCGCGGGGGGUACACAGGGCUCAACCCCCGUACUGAGACUCUCCCCAGGGGCUGGAAGUUUGACCACCCUGACGCAAAGCCCAUAGACUCUGACAUCACUGUUGACCACGAUGUCGCGGUCAGGAUGCGAGACGGCACCACCCUAUAUGCCGACAUCUACCGGCCGCCAUCCUCCAGCGCUGGCGACAAGGUGCCCGCCAUCGUUUGCUGGUCUCCGUUUGGCAAGCAGUUCAACGGCAUCCUGUCGCUGGGUCUCAUGGUCCCCUGGGAUCUGGGCAUUCCCAAGGGCACGCUCUCCGGCCUUGAGAAGUUUGAGGGACCUGAUCCGGCCGAGUGGGUGCCGCGCGGCUAUGCCAUUGUCAACAUCGACGCGCGAGGUGCUUUCGACAGCGAGGGCACCAUGGUGAUAAUGGGCACGCAAGAGGCCGAGGACUGCUACGACAGCAUUGAAGCCUGUGCCAAGAUGCCCUGGUGCAACGGCAAGGUCGGCAUGGCCGGCAACUCGCAUUUGGCCAUCAUCCAGUGGUUCGUUGCUGCCCUCAGGCCGCCAAGUCUGGCAGCGAUAGCGCCGUGGGAGGGCUGCGGUGACCUCUAUCGCGAGCAGUUUGCGCGCGGCGGCAUCUACGGCGGUGACCUCUUCGACAAGCUUAUUGUCAAGUAUAUGCUGCAGGGUCGCAGUGGUAUCGAGAGCUUUGGCGACAUGUUUAAAAAGCACCCGCUGGCCAAUGCGUGGUGGAACGACAAACGCCCCGACAUGAAGAAAAUCAACAUCCCAACAUACAUCACCGGCACGUGGACCAACACGAUGCACGGCAUGGGGGCCAUUCGCGGCUGGCUCGAGGUCGACACCCCCGACAAGUGGAUGCGCUGGCACCCAUGGCAGGAAUGGUACGACCUCUGGGGCAAUAAUCAGGCCCGCGAGGAGCUGCUGCAGUUCUUCGACUACUUCCUGCUGGACAAAAAGAACAAUGGCUGGAAUACUGUCCCUCGUCUCCGAAUGGCCACUCUUCGGUUUGGCAAAAAGGAGCCUCAGUCUUAUGAGAACAUCGUCGAGGAUGAAUUUCCUCCUGCGCGAACCCAGUACAAGAAGUUCUAUCUCGCCCCAGAGGGCAAGGUGUCUGUUGAGCAGCCACUCCAAGGUCCCUCACACAUCGCCAGCUAUAACUCCGAGACCGCCGACAGGCUCGACUUUGUACACACGUUCUCGGAGACGACCACCAUCAUGGGCAUUCCCAAGGCCGUGUUGUACAUGUCGUGUCCUGACUACGACGACAUGGACGUCUACGUGACGGUGGAGAAGCUCGACAAGAAGGGCAAGCAGAUGACCAAUCUCAACAUCCCGUGGUCUGGCAUCCCUGUCAACUCGUUCGAGGAGAUGAAGCCCGAGCAGAUGACCGAAGUUGUCACUUACAAGGGGCCCAUGGGUAUCAUGCGAGCAUCGCUCCGCGCCAUUGACGAAUCCAAGAGUAUGCACCCGCACUGGCCCUACUACCCGCAAGACAAGGCGGAGAAGAUCACCCCAGGGACGAUUGUGCGGCUGGAUAUUGGCAUCUGGGCCACCGGAAUUGAGUUUGAGGCGGGCGAGUCGGUGCGGAUAGUCGUCUGUGGACGCGGUCUGGGUGUGAAUAAUUUCGGCUCAUUGGAACAUCUGGACAACAAGGGUAUACACCAACUGCACCUUGGAGGCGAGCAUGGCAGUCACGUUAUUCUUCCAUUUGUAUAG